CUAGUACUCCACGGUAGGUCGUUGAAGGUGCUCAAGAGAAGAGAGAGGGGAAGUGAAGGAAUUCUGUGUAAACGGAGAUAAAUAAAAGUCCUGGUUAAAAAUGCCUGCUCAAAAUAAAGAUGAUGGAGGAUGGAAGAAGUUUUUAUGGAAUUCCGAGAAGAAGGAAUUGAUGGGUCGUACGGGUGGGAGUUGGUUCAAAAUCCUGCUGUUCUAUGUCAUCUUUUAUGGUUGCUUAGCUGGGAUAUUCACUGGUACCAUCCAAGUUCUCCUGCUAACCCUAAGCAACUACAAACCAACUUGGCAGGACAGAAUUUCUCCUCCAGGUCUGACCCACUCGCCUCGCUCUGACAAAUCAGAACUGCUCUUUAGCAUGAGCGAUGCAGGGACGUACUUGAAGCACAUAAAAGCCAUGAAUGAGUUUCUGAAACCCUACGAUGAAGAGAACCAGGUGGACCAAAUGAAGUAUGAAGACUGUGGAGUUGAACCUAAUGAGUACAAGUACCGAGGACAGCUGGAGAAUGACGUGGGUAUCAGGAAGGCUUGCCGUUUUCCCAGGCGUCUUCUUGGCCCUUGCGCUGGGAUUGAAGAUCGAGACUUUGGGUUUAGGGAUGGCAAACCAUGCAUCAUCGUCAAGCUCAACCGGAUUGUGGCUUUCCAACCAGUCCCUCCAAAAAACAAUGAAACCAUCCCUGCUGAGGCUCAAUACAAAGUCCAACCUAACGUGAUUCCACUCCACUGCGCUAGCAAGAAAGAAGAGGAUGCCGGCAAGCUUGGAGAAGUGAGAUACUAUGGCAUUGGUGAAGGCUUCCCACUUCAGUACUACCCUUACUACGGCAAACUCCUCCACCCUCACUACCUACAGCCCCUGGUGGCCAUUCAGUUCAUCAACCUAACCAUCAACACGGAGCUGCGCAUCGAGUGCAAAGUAUAUGGUGAUAACAUCGGUUACAGCGACAAGGACCGCUACCAGGGACGUUUUGAAAUUAAAUUAAGCGUCAACAAUUUAUGACCUCAGUAACGAUCAUAGCUAUGUCUCUCUACCAUACUCCCUUUACCAUUUUAAGGCAAACUAAGGGAUGAUUUCUGACUUAAGAUUAUAAAAUCAUUUUGUGCAAACUUUUGUGCAAACCCUUUAUCGCAAACGGUUCGAGAGAGAGCAUGCAUAAAAGUUUGACCAUCUUGUGUCAGAAUACAGCCCCUAAAUUGUUUAGGAGUUGAACGGUAAAAUAGAAAAUGACUUGUGAAUCCAACCAUCAUCUCAUGGGACCUAACAUUGUCUGUAUGCUUAAAACACUAGCUUUUGCUUCCAUUUUAGGGUUAGAGUCUAAAAAAAAAGAGGAGGAGUAGCAGUAGCAUAUUGUACUUAUAAUGCUAUAAAUGACAACAGGCCCACAGCUAUGGGAAGUAUUCCUUUAUAAGUGUAAAAAAUUUAAAAAUUCCACUACUGAAGUAGCAAGCAGUGUUUGUCUCUUAAGUGUUGCAGCUGCCUUUUGUGGUUUCUGUAAAAUUUUUAGAGUGUACAAUAGUUGCAAAUGUUGGUCAUUUUCAAACUAUCCGUAAGCAAGCUUUAUUUGUCCAAGAUGUAUAUAUCCAUUUAGGUAUUCAUACCAAAUGAAAAAUUCAGACAUUAGUCAGAGCUCUGAAGAUAAGCUUGAAAGGGGUUUAGGAUGUGCUAGAGGUUUGUUUGUUUGUUUGUUUUUUCAUAAAAUGGUUGUAGGAGAGUUUCUUUUCCAUUGCAGAUUGCUU